CAAGUGUGUCCUAAAACUUAAGAGAAAGGUCAAUGGAACUAUACACAAGUACAAUGCCUUAUUAGUGGCAGAAGGUUUCAAAUAAUUUAGAGCGUGGAAUAUGAUGAAAUAUUCUCCCUGGCAGUGAGAAUGAUAUCAAUUCAAUUGACAUUUACCAUUGUAGUGAGUUUAGAACUUACCCAUAUGGUUGUUUAGAUGACAUUCCUUAUCAAGGAUCUGUCAUCAAGGACAAUGGGAGUUCUAUGGAUUUAUCGUCAUGAGUUUGUGAGAUUCUAAUGGCAAGAAAAGACAAGGAAACGAUGAAUGUUAUCAAGGAGUGUUUGUCCUCCAGUUCUAAUGUACAGGACAUGGGCAAGGUGCAUCAUGUGCUCGAUGUUGAGAUCAAGCACAAUCAUUCUAAGAGGCUCUUUAAUUAUGUCUUAAGUGACUUGUAUUAGGAAAAUAUAAGAACGGUUUAGGAUACGUGAUUGUGAACUCAUCAAUACUCAUGUCAAGAGGGGUUCUAUGCUUAGCUUGAAUCUCUGUCCAUAGAUGUGGCUUAUAUAAGAAAAUAUGAUCUUUGUACUCUAUGUGGUGUACGGAAGUAGUCUUAUGCAUGCCAUGUUGUGAACGUGAUGGGCUGUACCAUGGGACUUGUCAAGUUGCUACCAGAGCAAUGUAGGUCCAGAACAUUGGCAGAUCAUGAACAAGACAUUCUGAUAUCUUUAGAGAACCGUGGACAAUUCGUAGAUCUUUCUAGGAAAUUAUCUCCCAUUGUGCAGAUAAAAUAAGUGUGAUUGGAUUACUGACCUGGACAAUUGAUGGUAAACACCAGGAUAUCUCUUAACUACGGGAGUGGGUGCGAUUUCUUUAUGCAACAAGAAAGAGACACGCGUGGCAUGCAUGUCCAACACAGAAUCAGAGUAUGUGGACUGUUGUGCAACAUUACAUGAGGGCAUAUGACUCAUGAGGAUCUUCCAAAGCUUGGGGAUCACAUUGAGUGCUUGAGAGCUUGCAAGCGUGUUUUUAUGACAACACAAUGGCACUGGCUUUUGCAAAGGAUCUUGGGAUCAAAGUAAGACAUAGCAUGUAGGGAUUGGAUAUCGCUACGGGUGAGGUGUCAUUUAGAGGAAAGAGAUAGUCAUGACCUAUAUUCCCUUUAGCAGGAUGGUAGCCAUGACUAAGCUUAUAGCUUGAGUGAAGUAUAGGACUCAUGUUAUUGCAGUUUGUUCAAUGCAAAUACCCAUGAUUUGAAUGCACAUUCGCACUUGCGCACUAGGACAUGUGUUAAUUGUGAGAUAAAUCAUUGGAAGGUUUGGUCCAUUUUCUUGCACGUUGUUGACCACCCUCAAUGUUGGGGAUAUUAUAGGAUGAGACACACACAUGUUGUGAGAGUAUCACCUCGAUGAGAAGUCAAGAUGAGAUUCCAUGGUUGGGAAUCUGCAUGAUCCAUCUGGCGUCCCAUCGGAUCAUGUAGCCUAUUUGAUAGUUAGGUUGGGGAUGUUUAGGUUAGUUGCUUGGGUGCAAGCCAAGGGUGCAUUUUGAGGGGAUGCGAAACUGUGAUUGAGUUAAGACCUGCAUGAUGUAAAUUCAACAUAGAUCCUAGUGUUGUUUAGCAUUUGCACGAUAUCAUGUGAUUCAUCCCACACGUGCUUAACGAGACUUCCAUUACUUUAUAUAAUGGUGUAUAUGGCCCUUAUAGAUCUUGAGACUAUAUUAGGAAGGGGCGACUUGAUGUUGCUACUUUAACAUACCAUUCCCAUGAUCAUGUGUGUUUGGCUGGGUAGGACUGGGGCUAGGAAUAGUCGGGCCAAAGGAAAAUAAUAGUGCAACCAGGGGAAGAGGCAUCACGCUAUGAUUGGGCCCCCAGAGAACUAUGACACGUCUUUGGCAACUAUUUGGUGUUACACUGAGAAUGUUCUUCUGCUAAAAUGUUUUAGGAACUAUAUUAUAAUAUAAUAUUAUAAUAUUAUUUGCAAAUAAAUUUCUUGGCUUACAUGUAAAUGAGGUUCUAUAGGAUGAGUUAGAGUGGGAGGGUACGUAGGGGUUGAGCAGUCUCCUUGAAUACACGGCUCAUGUUAUAUUAGUUGGGAUACUCAAUCUGGUGUGGCUAAGAGAGUUAAGGGCAGAUUGGAGUAAUUUUUUAUUUAGAGAAGAGGGUUUUUUUUUUUUUUGAAUAUAGAGUAAUUGCUGCUCUUGGGGCAAUGACGCAGCUACUGAGGUGUUCCAUGUUAGUUUUAAUGGAAAACUUAAUGUGGUUCUCUAAGGAGAGAUGCAGUUUGCUCUUUAAUGUCUCACGGUUCAUUUCACUAUACAGCGCAUGGAAGAGUUCUGGCUUUGAGAUGUAUCAUGGAUUGAUGAUGAGGGAUUGACAGGUAUAUGUGCACUCUCUAACAAGUAGGAUUUAUUGUUUUUUGGGUCGACCCCUUGUGGGUGGAGAAGCCAAUUGAUAUUUGAUACAUUCUCCAAGUUAGAGAGAGAAAGAUAGGAUCCCAUGUAAUAAGGCAUUCUAUUUAGAGAUAAAGGUGGUUAUAAGGAAUCACAUAAAAUUUGGAAAACAUAUCCACUUAGGAGAAAUGUUGGAUUCUUUCUAUGCAAGGAGACUUUUAAAAAGAGAAAAGUAGAAAGAUUCUUUUGGGAGAAAAAGAGGGCCUCACAUGCCACCUAAAGGACCUCUCUAGUUUUCUCUAAGAAAGACCCACAUUUUCUAUCUUUUCUUUUUGGUUUUCUUUACCAGGAAAUCCUAGAAUGAGACGAGUACCACCCGAAUUGGCGAAUGGGCGAGAAGUCUUAGGUCAUUCCAUCAAAGGCUCGGGGAUUUGAACCGUGUAAAUUGUGCUUUUAGCACUCAUAAUUAAAAAUGGGCAUGAGUUUGUGGUCAUCAAUCUCUCUACUUGGAGGAACCACGCGCGAAAGGAAGGAGAGAUCAACACCAACCGCAAGACGUUAAUUGGAAUCGGAAAAGUGGUGCCAAAAAUGCAGAAUGGAUAUUGCAAGAUACAGGCUCCAUCACCUUUUGGAAGAUUAUUCCGGGUCUUCUUUUCAGUUAUCUUAUUUCGGGAGAGGAAAAAAUUCAGCCUUUGAAUCUGAAGGAGAUGUUGAUGCCUUGGAUGGUAAACUAAAGACAGAAGGACGCUACUACUGCACAAAAUACAUGACUUUAGAAAGGCAUAAGGAUUUGAAGCAUGUACGAGUUCUGGCUCUAGAGAAAUUGCCCUUAGUUCCUGGAGACUUCAUUCCUCUUAUUGUGUCAAAGGCUACAUAUGAUGAGAAUGACAAUGGGUUGACAGAGAAAGCAGGAGUUGAGGAGUCAUGGGAAGAUGAAGUGAUUCGAAAAACUAAGGAAUUCAACAAAAUGUCGAGGGAUUUUCCUCACGAUGAGAAAGUCUGGAUGGCUUUUGCUGAUUUCCAGGACAAGAUUGCAAGUACUCAAUCUAAAAAAGGAGCUCGCUUGCAAGUGCUUGAGAAGAAGAUUAGUAUUCUGGAAAAGGCCAUGGAGUUAAAUCCUGAUAAUGAGGAUCUUUUGAUUUGUCUUAUGAAAGCUUAUCAAAGUAGAGACAGCACUGCAGUACUUGUUGAAAGAUGGGAAAGAACCCUUGUUCAACAUUCUGAUAGUUGCAAAUUAUGGAAGGAAUUCAUUCACUUCUGUCUAGGGGAUUUCUCCAGGUUUAAAGUCUCCUACUUGAGGAAAAUAUACAGUCAUGCUGUCAGGGCUCUAUCCUCAGCAUUUGGGAGGCUAUGUGGGCAGAUUGAUGAUAUGGCUAAAACGGGUUCAGUUGCCAGUGAACUUACCCAACUUGAGACGGGUCUGGUCGACAUAUUUGUUAGCCUUUGCAGGUUUGAGUGGCAAACUGGUCACCAAGAGUUGGCAACAGGAUUAUUUCAAGCUCUGAUUGAGUAUAAUCUGUUUUGCCCCUCCUUACUUUUAACUGAAAAUAGUAAGCAAAGGCUGUUUGAGCACUUCUGGAAUGGUGAUGGUGCACGAGUUGGAGAAGAUGGAGCUCUUGGUUGGUCAGCGUGGCUGGAGACAGAGGAGGAAAACAGACAAAAGGCCAUUGCCACUGAGGUCUCUUUUCAGGACACUGAAAAGGGAGGGUGGACAGGUUGGUCAGAGCCUUUAUCUAGGGUUUCUGAAAAUAGUGGAAUGAAUCAAUAUACCGAGGAAAAUAAUGCAAUUGAUGAGGGGAAUGUUGAGGAGGAUAUGCCAGAAAAUAUUGAUGAAGAAGAUGAGAUGGCAUCUUUGAUGGAAAAGCUUGGUAUGGGCAUAAAUGCCGAUGCUGAUGUUGAGAUUAAAGAUACGACUGUUUGGAUGAAGUGGUCUGAAGAAGAGACUGCAAGGUGCAGUGGGCAAUGGAUGCCUGUGCGAGAGAAAUCUGACAACAAUGAUGAAGCACAACUCUCAAGGGAAGUUUUGUUUGAAGAUGUGAGUGACUACCUUUUCUCACUCAGCUCUGAGGAAUCACGUUAUUAUUUGCUGUCUCAUUUCAUUGACUUUUUUGGGGGGCCCAUUUCCCAAUGGAGCUGCAGUAAUAGUCCUUGUGGGAUUGAAAAACUUCUAAGUUUAGAAGGAUUACCGGAAUCUCUACUUUCAGAAUUGCAUAAAUUUCAAGUAGCUGUAGACGAGAAAGGCAGUAGUUUCAUGGGGAUCAAUUCAGAUUGCAGCUUGAAUGAAAUUUCUGGAAGACCUGACCAUCUGAAAUUUCUUCGAAAUGCAAUUCUCCUUUGUAUAAAAGUUUUCCCUCGUAAUUAUGUUAUGGAAGAAGCCCUAUUGAAUACAGAAGGGCUUCUUGAAACAAGAACAACUUCUGAUACCAGCAUAAUUGCAAACUCACGAACUUUAGCCAAGUCUCUCCUGAAAAAGGACCGCCAGGAUUUAUUAUUAUGUGGAGUCUAUGCACGAAGAGAAGCGAGUUCUGGAAACAUUGAUGUUGCAAGGAAAAUUUUCGACAUGGCCUUAUCUUCUAUUAAGGGGCUUUCUUCGGACCUUCAGUCGAGUGUUCCCCUUUUGUACUUAUGGUAUGCAGAGAUGGAGCUUGCACACAGUUAUGCAGGAGAUGGUUACAAUUCUUUAUCACAACAGCGUGCAAUACAUAUUCUAUCCUGCUUGGGAAGUGGUAUUGAGUACAUAGCUUUUAAGUGUGAAGUUUCAAAUGUACAGCUUUUGAGAGCGCGCCAGGGAUAUAAGCAACAACUAAAAAACUUGCGAUCUGUUUGGGCUCGUGGAGAUAUAAAGGAGUCAUCCACUGCUCUUGUGUGUUCGGCUGCCUUAUUUGAACGUUUGACCUCCGGUUGGACUGCUGCUCACAGAAUUUAUGAGGAAGCUUUGUCUAUGGCCCUUCCAGGGAGGAGAAGCCAAAAUCUUCAACUGGAAUCCUUGUUCGUUCACUUCACCUCUAUGUAUCAAAAGAACUUGAAGCUUUCAAACUUCUCAAAAUCAUGGGAAAUUAUGCUGCAAGGAUUGCAGUUGUACCCGUACAAUCCUAAAAUUUUUGCAGCAAUGAUGGAAGUAGCCCGUCUCUACACGGUUCCUAACAAGAUUAGACGGAUACUUGAUCAAUAUAUUCAUGAGAAGCCCUCAAUCACUGUCUAUCUCUUUGCCUUGGCAUAUGAAAUGGGGAAAUCAAGUUCACAUCAUCGGAUUCAUGGGUUGUUUGAGCGAGCCUUGGCAAACGAUGAAUUGCAUAGAUCAGUGUUCUUGUGGAGGUUCUAUCUUGAAUAUGAGAUCCAUGUAUCAUGCAACCUUGUAGCAGCCAGACGCGUCUUUUUCAGAGCUAUCCAUGCCUGCCCAUGGUCAAAAAAGCUUUGGUUGGAGGGCUUCUUGAGACUAAACUCUAUCUUGUCUGCAAAGGAACUAUCAGAUCUCCAAGAUGUAAUGCGUGAGAAGGAACUACUCUUGAGGACUGACAUUUACGAGAUUCUUUUGCAAGAUGAAAUCACUAUGUGAUCUGGUUCAUGAUUUCACUGCCCCUUUUGCUAAUGUUGUACCAUAUAAACCCUCAAAUUUUAGCAGCAAUACCUCUGUAACCUUCUGUAAAUUCGUGGAACUCUGUAGAGAUGUCAUAUAAUGUGAUCGCAUAUGAAUGUCAGAUUGGUCUUGGUGUUCA